UCUUGUCCAUCUCUAAAAAGAUUGAAAUUUAGCGUCUUUGUAAAAAGUGAUAAAAAACUAGCAAAAACCCCCUGGAAUCAUUAUGCUUUUCACGAGUAAUAUUUUAAUCCUUUAAUAUAUAAGUGAUUCGGAGAGCGACGGAGACGCAGAAAUCGAGGGCGUCUUGGAUUCGGAAAUUGACUCAUCGGACAGCGGGGAAGUCGAUCAGCCCGUUGCGCGAAAUCAAAACAGGCUGCCGAAUCCCGAUUUUCAUCCGAAUUUGGCGCUGCAGGAAAUGGAGGAUGCCAAUGAAGAUUAUGCCUCCGCGGAGGAAGAAGAGGAAAUUGCGGAGCCUGUGGAGAAUUUUGAAUUAAUUGGGGAACAGCAGGAUAGACGAUCUAUAAGAAGGGUCUUCCAGGCUUUAGUUCCUAGAAAUUAUAUAGUGCAGGAACCUCAGCAGCAGGCUAUUGGGAAUCAGGAACAACACCAGCAACAACCUGAUCAAGCAUCCCAGGAUCAACAUGAUGAGAACCGGGAGCCUGGUCUCAAUCAGGAACCUUUGCCUCAACUGGCAGCCCAACCGCAGCCCAGAGUUGACGUGGAUGAACCUGAAGUUCUUCCUGCAGUAGUCCUGAUAGAUCAUCCGCCUUUGCCUAGUCCGCCCAGUACUUCCCGGCGAUCCCAAGCAGAUGAACCCGCUGUGAUAUCGCUGGACACACCGUCGCCACCCAAAAAACGCAAACGCCUCUCCAUCGCCGAUAAAAGUCUAAAAAAAUCGCCUGAGACUAAAGCCACAAUUGUGGAUGACGAGGACGAUGGCCUAACCUGUCCCAUUUGUCUAGAUUCCUGGGAGAUGAGUGGCGAACAUCGAUUGGUGUCGUUGCGCUGCGGUCACCUCUUCGGAGAAUCCUGCAUCCGUCGCUGGUUGAACGAGAGCCAACGGCAAUCAUCUGUAAAGGUGUGUCCCCAGUGCAAAACAAAGGCUGCAUUUAAGGACAUUCGCCAUUUGUACGCCAAGCGUAUCCAGAUGCUGGAUACGGAUAUAAGGGAGCAACUGGAGGCGGAGCGCCGGCGUACCCAGACCCUAACCACAGAGCUGGCCACCGCAAAGCUAGCCCACACUCUAACCUCUGAGAAGCUGAUGCUCAUGCAGAAGGAUUACGAACGAUUAAAGGAGCUGGUCAGGGCUGGCGGUGGUCGAGGAGCCUUUGGCGGCGAUGGAGCUGGCAGUGGGGGUCAGAAGAGCAUUCACAUGCUGCCCACUCAUCGUUUGUAUAUGGAGAAGAACUUCGAGAUCACCAGAGAGCCUGGAUGUAGGGUUCUGCUCUAUUCUGCCAAGCACUCCAUGCUGGUGGCCUCGCAGAAGAGCGCGCAGAACUUGUUCCCCGGCUAUGGAGUUCGUUUCAUCGAUCCGCCUAGCUUCAAGCCCCUGCACUUCCUCCACACCUCGGCCCUGUUAAUCAGAGACGUAGCUUUCAGCGAGUCCCAGCACCUGCUUACAGUGGCCAGUCGGGAGCCAAAAAUCAAGAUCUUCGACAUAAGGACGCGACUUUGCUCAUCCAUGUUUACGGCGCACGACAAAAUGCUUUGGUCCUGCGCCCUGGAUCGCAACGAGAGGGAGCACUUCCUCUAUGGCGGAGACCUUCGAGGAGGUGUCUAUAUCUAUGACUUGCGGUUUCCAGAGACCAUACUCUGCGAAUUCCAAGCCGAAGAGAACUUCAGCCCUGUGAUACACAUAGUACCAGUGCCACCAAACAAAACUUUUAUCAGCGGCGGUUUCCUAGUCUGUCAGCUUACGGCCCUCACCUUCUACGAGUACGCAUCGGCCAGUGAUACGGCAGUGCCCACUCGGCUUAAUGUGGACGGACCCUUUUUAUCCAUGCAGUACGAUUCCGUGCAGGACACGCUCCUGAUAUCGGCCCGAUCCAAUCCAAAUUCACCCCAGUCCCGCUUUAUACUUGGACGGUUGGACAAGAUCGACAAUACGCCGGUGCUUAAGGUUAAGGCCACCAUCUACGGCUCAAAGGCCACGCCGAUAAUGACGCGACCCACCCAACUGGGUGUCGAGGAUAAUACCCUGGUUGUCGGCUAUCUGCAGGACAGCAAACAGCUGAUGAUGCACGAUGUGCGGCGUGAGGAGCGGGUGCAAACGAUGCCCGUCAACGAAGUGAUCUACGACAUAUGCCCGGUGGCCACCCAGGCCGGAUCCUAUCUGGCCGCCCUUACCGACAAUAAAUGUCGCGUCUACAAGGUUAACAGUUCCAAGCGAUGAGAUAUGUUUGCAUGUGUAUUCGUUUUCCAUGAAAAUACCCAAAGAAGGUUUAUUAUUGCUGAUUUCUGUGAAAUAAGUGAUUGCUAAAAAUGGACGAACUUUUAAUCUUAGUUCUUAGUUUAAUUUUUUCAUUUCCGUUUAUUAAACAUUUGUCAACCUUACGGUUCGUACAUGAUUACUCCGAAACAUAAAUCUAUAUUGUGUACUCCA